AUGGCAACAGUUAAACCAGAUGACAGACUGACAAGUUCUCAGGGCUUUAUGUGCGUUGGUUUUGCGGGAGUUUUCAGUAAAACUGUCACGUCGCCUCUAGAGGUGGUGAAAAUCAAGAGUCAAGUAGGCACAUUUCACUGUAAAAAAGGCUUUCUGCACAGCUUUAAUGUCGUCUACCAGAAUGAAGGCCUACGAGGAUUUUGGAAGGGGAACCUCGUCUCCUGUCUCCGCCUGUUUCCUUACAGCGCCGUCCAUUUGGCAACAUAUAAACAGUGAGUAAAUAAGCAAUUUGUUGUGUUGUUUCUGAGUUAUGAUAACGUUAAUCUUAAAACAACUAUGUAGUUAGUUUCCUCCUAGCUAGCUAACAUAACGUUAGAGCUAGCCGUAUCAGCGCUGCCAACUCCCACGCAUUGGCCUAUUAUAUCUCACGCAUUGAAAAGUACCGCUUUUAUUAAUCCAUUGUAUAAUCAGCGCGUUAAUUUGAAACUGUGCUCCAAAUUGUUUUGAAAUCGGAGCAUCUGCGCCUGUAAUUUAACAUCACGAGCGGAAUCUCUAUCAAUGUCCUGUCUUGCCACAACACUGAACUGCGGCACAUUGAAGCAUAUGAUUGGUCUAGUUUGAAAGAAACGCCCCUCAAGAUUAGAGUGGAGCUGAAUAGAGAGAGAACGUUCUCCACUGAGAUUAUACAACUGUAAAAAGAGCAGCACGGUAGCGCUGUUUUAUGUACAAUGUUGUCAACAAAAUUAGGUCGCUGUUACUCCCGUCCCUAUUGCAGAAUGCAGCCUUUUGAUAGCAUGUACUAAAGUCGAUUUAAUCCACACGUGCAUUAGUCUGAUUGGCCUGCUUGUGUCUUUGAAAAUGAAUUAUAUGAGGCAUUUUUGCAGCCAUUCAUGGACAGUUUUGAAUAAGUCAUACAAAUAAGCAUUGAAUAGUAAAUGCUCCAGGAAUCGAAUAUAAUUUUUGACAUUUUAGUAUUGUGCACAUGCUAGGCAGAGAUGGUAGGGGGACUCACAACUCAUAAACGCAUCAUAUUUUGUCUAUGUAGAGUAAGAUGAUGGCAAAGAUCUUCAACUACUAUAUUAGGUAUAAACCACCUGAAUAUUGAUAUUCAUUCGAUUUUUCUUGAGGGUUAGGUGAUCUUGAGAAAUGAAUUGUUAUAACAAUAACAUUUUCAAACACCCAGCAUUUGGGAAACAUAAAUAAGGGGUGGCCAACCCUCAUGGAGAGCAAGAAGGAUUUUCUUUCAGACAUAUUUUAAAGAGAUAGUCCACCCAAAUGACAAAAUAUAAAAUGUUUGUGGCUUAACUUGAAAGCAGUCUAUGGACAAGCAGACUGCAAUCUAUGAUUUGGUUACCCUCUGCCAUCAACCAUUAAUAUUAACAUUUCCUGUGCAGAGCCUUGGUGUAGUGGUAACACUCCCCUGCACGUGUCGUAUACAACUUUCUACCUGAGAACAGGGAUCAAUACCUGCUUCCAAUCUUCCCACUGUUUCUAGCAUUUGUCUGUCUCCCUGUCUCAUUUCAUUACUGUCUGAAUAAAGUGUCAAACCACCUAAAAAAUAUGUUUGCAUCCUGAAUACACCACAUUUUCCACCCUGGUCAUAGGCCUAAGCCAUUACAAAAUACAUAGAACUGCAGGAAAUUAGCUUUAAAACAGUAAAAUAUUCCUGAGGGAGGACCCCCAAAAUAAAAUACAAUUUUAUUGGUCAAAUACACAUAUUUAGCAGAUGUUAUUGCAGGUGUAGCGAAAUGCCCCAGUCCCCAGUCUAGGGAUUGUGUCAGGGGGCAAUGAUAUUCACAUAGCAAAUCUCAUUCCAAGCUUUCUUCAAAAGUUGGCUGCCCUGCAGUAUACUGAACAAAAAUAUAAAUGCAACAUGUAAAGUGUUUGUCCCAUGUUUCAUGAGCUAAAAUAAAAGAUCCCAGAAAUGUUCCAUACGCACAAAAAGCGUAUUUCUCUCAAAUGUUGUGCACAAAUUAGUUUACAACCCUGUUAGUGACGAUUUCUCCUUUGCCAAGAUAAUCCAUCCACCUGACAGGUGUGGCAUAUCAAGAAGCUGAUUAAACAGCAUAAUCAUUACAGAGGUGCACCUUGUGCUGGGGACAAUGAAAGGCCACUCUAAAAUGUGCAGUUUUGUCACACAACACAAUGCCACAUAUGUCUCAAGUUUUGAGGGAGCGUGCAAUUGGCAUGCCGAAUGCAGGAAUGUCCACCAGAGCUGUUGCCAGAGAAUUGAAUGUUCAUUUCUCUACCAUAAGCUGCCUCCAACAUCGUUUUAGAGAAUUUGGCAGUACGUCGAACCGGCCUCACAUCCGCAGACAUUGACAUUUACAUUUUAGUCAUUUAGCAGACGCUCUUAUCCAGAGCGACUUACAGUUAGUGAGUGCAUACAUUUAUUUUUUUAUACUGGCCCCCCGUGGGAAUUGAACCCACAACCCUGGCGUUGCAAACGCCAUGCUCUACCAACUGAGCUACAUCCCUGCCGGCCAUUCCCUCCCCUACCCUGGACGACGCUGGGCCAAUUGUGCGCCGCCCUAUGGGUCUCCCGGUCACGGCCGGCUACGACAGAGCCUGGAUACGAACCAGGAUCUCUAGUGGCACAGCUAGCACUGCGAUGCAGUGCCUUAGACCACUGCGCCACUCCAGCCCAUGACCUCAUCCAGAUUUUUCACCUGCGGGAUUGUCUGAGACCAGCCACCCGGACAGCUGAUGAAACUGUGGGUUUGCACAACCUAAGAAUUUCUGCACAAACUGCCAGAAACCAUCUCAGGGAAGCUCAUCUGCAUGCUGGUCGUCCUCACUAGGGUCUUGACCUGACUGCAGUUCGGCAUCAUAAUCCCAUACUUGGGAUAUCACUUUUCAAUAGGAAAUGUUCACAAAUCGCUGGAGGACGUCUUUAGUAUUCUAAUGUAUUAUGGUGGAUUCUCAAUGGAGAACAUGAUAUGUUUGCAUAGUAUGUUUACACUCUAUGAACAAUUUAAUUAGAAUUAGAUGCUCUGUCUGUUACAGUUAUGUAACACAGUUACUUACUACUAUAAUUUCUGGAAUUAUCAUAUUGAAAAACAUGAAGCCAUAAUCGUACAUAUAUUCACUGGCUAUACCUGCCUCACAUGCAUUGAUGAAAGUGAAUAUAUUAUCCAGAUAGGCUCCUUAUCAAAAUAAUUAAGAACCAAAACAUUGACCUCUGUGUUUUUGGCUUUCCAGGAUCGUCCACCUCCACAUGGAUGAAUUGGGCUACAUUUCUCAGUGGAGGGCCAUUUUCGCUGGUGGGCUAGCUGGUAUCAGUGCUGCGCUGGCCACGUACCCUCUGGAGGUGGCAGAGACUCGCCUCAUAGCUCAGAACUGCAGAGAGCCCACAUACAGGGGGGUGGUCCACACGCUCUCCAAGAUAUACCAGACCGAAGGCCUUCGAGCACUCUACAGGGGCUUCUCUCUCACAGUCCUAGGUAUACUACAGAAAUGUGGAGAAAGAUAUUCCUAAGAAAAGCACCACAAUGAUUCAGUAUAACUCAAUGUUUCCCAAACUCAGUCCAAGGGGUGCACGAUUUGGUUUUUGCACUAGCACUACACAGCUGAUUCAAAUAAUCAACUGAUCAUCAAGCUUUAAUUAUUUGAAUCAGCUGUGUAGUGAGUGCUAGGGCAAAAACCAAAACGUGCACCCCUUGUGGUCCCCAGGAAUGAGUUUGGGAAACGCUGGUAUAACUUAUUGUAUAACUCUAUAUAAAGUGUCCAGUCUGCUUACUUGUGAAACACCCUUUGCCCCUCUUACAGCCUCUUGAGUUUUCAUUGUUGUUUUUAAUUUGGAACUGCCAAACAAAUAAUAUUUAUUUCAAUAAUUUAUUUAAGUGGUUCUAUGGGGCAGUGUUGGCAUAGCUAGUAACUGUGGAUCUAUUCUGCUACAGGUGCGUUUCCCUUCUCCAUUGGUUGCUAUGCAGUCUACAUCAACUUGGAUAAACUGUGGCGGGAGCCCCAAUUCCGGUUCACUCCCCUUCAGAACUUCAUAAAUGGCUGUGUAGCGGCAGGAAUAGCUCAAACCUUCUCCUACCCCUUUGAAACUGUGAAAAGGAAAAUGCAGGCAAGUGCACUCAACUCAUUGGGCCAUUUAAUGAGACGCAACCAGAUUGGUAAUACCACAUCUGUCCAUAGGGUGGUGGAUUUGUACACAUUUGUACCGGUACCUCUGAUCGGUGCAUACCGGUAGUAAAACACUUGUCCUUACAUUUUUUGUUUUAUUUAACUAGGCAAAUCAGUUAAGAACAAAUUCUUAUUUACAAUGACGGCUUACCAAAAGGCCUUCUGAGGGGACGGGGGCUGGGAUUAAAAAUAAAAUAAAAAAACACUUGCCCUUGAUAAAAUAGCCAUCGAGUGCAUCUGUUUUUUCUACUUUCUAAACAAAAUGCAACAUAGAAGCUUAGAAAUUAUUAUAAGAUUAAUAAGACAGUUUCUUUGUACACUUUGUAGACAAUAACUUACCGUAGUUAUUGAAUUGUAAGUUACCAUAGUUUGAGCCGAAGUAUAAGUUAAUGUCUCCCCUCACCUGUCCUUCUCUCUAUGUAGAGGACACAUAGGGCUCAGUAGGACUUUUAUGAAGGACAGAAUACUACAUCCGUUUUCAUCAACUUGUCAUUAGUGACCUCAAGGUGCUGCGGCAGCUGAGCAUGUGAAUGCUGUUCAGGGUCUGCCUGCAAUAUAGAUAAGUUAUCUAAAUAUAGCUGACGGCUAUCACACAGUGGACAGUCUCAGUCCUAUUGAGAAGCCUAUAAAACAAACUGCACCUCUCUCUAAUGCCCUCUGCCUAGUUUCAGACACACAGAAUUAACACAACGACAUGAAUCUAAGGCUGCAGCCACAAAUCAUUUUUGUUUACAUGUUGCAUAGAAGUCUAUCAGAUGUUUAGGGCAAAACAAGAAGUCUCAAGUAGAAACAGAUGACACAACCCACAAGCGAGAAUGUUUAAAGAAGCUUGCUUGAGGCAUGGGUGCAGUGGUGGAAAAAGUACCCAAUUGUCAUACUUGAGUAAAAGUAAAGAUGCCUUUAAUAGAAAAUGACUAGAGUAAAAGUGAAAGUCACCCAGUAAAAUACUACUUUAGUAAAAGUUAAGUUAAGUUUCUAUUAAUAUAAUUGCUAAACUCAGUUCAAAUUCCUUAUAAGCAAACCAGACGGCACCAUUUUCUAGAUUUUAUUAUCUUGGAUUGAAGUGCCCUCUAAAAUGAGAAUGCAUCCAGCGUUGAGCCAGUUAAGCGAUUUAAUGCUUGACAAAAAAAGAGCAGAGUUUGUCUUGGGACGUGUAAGAUACUGACGUCUUGUGAGAGUACUGCUUGAGACCACACCCACAUUUGCUCAGUUCAUUAGUUUUCACUUACAUCCCAAGUUACAAAUGGCCCUUAGCACAGAUCCCCGGUCAGUUUGCGCAAUUAUCAUACAUUUCAGGAAUUUCAAUUCAAGGAAAUAAUUAUAUUCAUUCCAUAGUCUUUCUUACUACCUGGAUCACACACGCUUUUAUGAGGGUCAGUGCUAUCCGGGAUCCUUCGGACAUCCAUACCAUAAAUCGUACCCUUACCAUAACCAUUUUAAAUGUCAACUUCAAUGCCCCCCAUUGAAGUUGACAUUUAAAAUGGGAAUUUCUGUCCCUGUCUCUCGCCAGGCCCAGAAUCCUCGGCUCCCGCAUUACGGUGGGGCUGAUGUCCACUUCACUGGAAUGCUGGACUGCUUCAGGCAGGUGAUCAGAAACAAGGGCAUCCUGACAUUGUGGAGUGGCAUCACAGCCAACAUGGUCAAGGUAUGACAACCUAUGUCAUGUUCCCAUUAUAAUUUUUUUUGAGAGAGAGAGAGACUGACUAUAUUACCCUUUGUGGGUAAUUCACAACAGGGAUAAUACAAGUUGGCUGACUUGGGUCUGUUUCUUUCAUCUCCAAAUGGCAGUUUAGUUGUUGUUUGGUUUACUGGUGUAAAAUCUCCUCAUGAACAGUCUAACAAGUAAAUUGUGUACUUUGUGGACAAUAUUAUUAUAACCAGGCCCUACUACCAGGGCAGAUUCUAACCUACCUCUUCACAUUUUAUACAGAGUCAAAAGCAAUUGAUCUAUUGAGCCAACUGACAUCUUCCCUGUUUUUCUUCCUUAGAUUGUCCCCUACUUUGGCCUUCUCUUCAGCUGCUUUGAGAUGUGCAAGCAGGUCUGUCUGUACCGCAACGGGUACAUUGUGUCUCCAUUGAGCUAUAAGUUGGCACCAGGAGUGGACCAGAGCAUGGGCCCCACUGAGGUGGAAGAGGUGAAGAGGUACCUGAAGAAUAGGAACUUUCAGUCACAGCAAGGAAGUCGCUGGUAA